GAAAACCGUACCCGGAAGUCAUGUUGUUUGUGUCGGCCAGCUGGUUCUAUGCUACAAAGGAAGCUGUCUUCGUGCUCUAAAAGCUUUACAGUCGAGUAUAAAUGUCUCUGUCAGAGGAGCCUGCAGUGAAGAAGUCUGCUACAUGAAGCGGUCCAGUCCGUGCCGUCUUUAAAAACUGUCUUCUUUCAUUAUUUCACCGAGGAAACAGUUCAUCCUUCGUGCUGAGAUGCUGUCAGCUCUGUUACUGUGACAGAUCUCUGCUCCAUCACCUAUGAUGCCAGCCAAGGAGACAUGAUGGACAAUGGCAAACCAAGCCGUGUGUGUCGGCCCCACCGGAUCAGUGAGUCGUCCAAGGUGUACCACUGCGUGGAUCAGUCUGUGGAGGUUCUGCAGGGCCUCAACGAGCAGCGGCAGAGCAGCCAUUUCUGUGAUGUGGUGCUGGUGGCUGAUGAGCAGAGGUUCCCCGCUCACAGGGCCCUGCUGGCCGUCUCCAGCCCGUACUUUCACUCCAUGUUCACUCUGGGUAUGAGGGAGGAACGGCAGCAGGAGGUGGAGUUGGUUGGGGUUUCCUACAUCGGUCUGAAAGCUGUGGUGGACUUCUUGUACAGCGGAGAGCUGCCGUUGGAUGGAGGAAACAUUGACCAUGUUCUAGAAGCUGCUCACCUCCUGCAGGUUGGGCGAGCGGUGGACUUCUGCUGCCAGUAUCUGGAGCGGGAGGUGAGUGAAGACAACUACCUGUACCUGCAGGAGCUGGCUCUACUCUACAGUCUGGAGCGCCUCGACGCUUUCAUCGACCACUUCAUCCUGACACGCUUUGCCACGCUCUCUUUCACCCCUGAUUUUCUUUGUGACGUUCCUUUUCACAAACUCAGCUCCUACCUCUCCAGUGGCCAGGUUCAGCACGACAGCGAGCAGGCUCUCCUCCAGGCUUCCCUGCAGUGGCUCAGUCAGAGUCUUGAGCGGACCCCCUAUGCCCGACAGCUCCUCUCACACAUCCGCUUCCCUCUGAUGCCUGUUGGGGACCUGGUGAGCCGGGUGCUGCCGGCAGUGCAGGCCCUUCUGCCAGAGGAGGCCGGCUGUGAGGCCCUGGUGGAGGAAGCUGUGGGGUAUCACGCCAGGCCUAGCGCCCAGCCGCUCCUGCAGACAGGACGGACCACACUGAGGGGAGGAGUGGAGUGUCUGCUGCAGAUUGGAGGAGAGGUGUCAGAACGUGGAGAGGAGCUGAGCGCGAAUGUCUCCAGGCUGGACAGCGAGAUGGGAAAGUGGGAGGUGGAGACGGAGCUGCCUGCUCAGAGGAGCCACCACUGCCUGGCUGUCCUUGGGGGGUUCAUCUUCACUGCAGGCGGCAGCUCAUCCAGAGACAACGGUGGAGAUGCUGCCUGUAACCUGCUGUACAGAUACGACCCCCGCCACAACCAGUGGACCAGGGGUGCCUCCAUGAAUCAGCGGCGAGUGGAUUUUUACCUGGGUGCUGUUGGAGAUUGUCUGAUCGCAGUGGGUGGGAGGAAUGACAGUGGAGCUCUGUCCUCUGUGGAGGUUUAUUGUCCUGCUGAGGACUGCUGGUCCAAUGUAGCUGGACUGCCCAGGUUUACUUACGGCCAUGCAGGGACGGUCCACCACGGUGUCGUCUACAUCUCAGGCGGUCAUGAUUAUCAGAUCGGCCCUUACCGCCGAGAUGUCCUGAGUUAUGAUCCGUCCCGGGAGAGUGAUGUGUGGGUGGAGUGUCAGGCCAUGUCUCUGGCCCGAGGGUGGCACUGCAUGGCCUCCCUGAACCACCUCAUUUAUGCUGUAGGGGGCAGUGAUGACCACGAGGACACCACAGAGCGCUUCGACAUCCUGCAGGUGGAGUCCUAUGACCCUCGCAGCAGGCAGUGGACUCAGGUGGCACCGCUGCUUCUGCCCAACAGUGAGGCGGGGCUUGCAGUCUGGGCGGGGAGGAUCUACGUGCUCGGGGGCUACAGCUGGGAGAGUAUGGCUUUCUCCAGAGCCACUCAGGUGUAUGACCCAGACAAGGCUUCAUGGUCCAGAGGUCCUGACCUGCCUAAACGCAUCGCUGGGGCCUCAGCUUGCGUGUGUACUGUGAAGGCCUCUCCAUCAUCCCUCUCUCCAGAGAAGAAAAAGAAUGGACAAGGGAGAUCAUACCCAACGUAGUGUUGUAGGACUUCAUCUUUUAAAAUGUGAUGGAGACGGCCUGAUACAAAUUCAUGAGAUAUUAACAUGGGUAUCACAAUAAUUCUCACCAGGCUCGAGGCGCUGCAUGGUCGGAGCAACGAAGAGCGAAAUGAACACUUCUGACCAGUUGAUGAAGACUUUGUCUCGUGAUGGACAGUCUCAGUGUGCUUCAUUAGCUUUAACACUGUCUCAGAAGACUUCAGGACAGAUGAUUCAGAAGUGUGCAACAGGAUUCAGACACCUCUCUGUUUUUAACAUUCAUGAUGCGUUAAAGGAUGACGGUGUCCUCUAACCCUGUGCAGAAUUCUUCAUAGUGUGGACAGAGAGUCCAAACAGGUUGAUUAUAAUAAAGUAAACUUGCCCACUCUUUUGUACAAUCAUCAUCAUUGAAGCCUUUAAAAAAGAAACACACGUGUAUGAAACUAUUUGAAAAAAUAGCCUAAACAAGAGGUGACGAAGAAGUGCCAGAUAUCAGCUUCAAGGCACUGUAAGGAGUUUUCAUGUUGUGUUUACUCCUCUGGAGGAGACUGGUGCUUUUUUUUCUUUGUUCAUUUUACAUAGAUAUGAACUGAUAUGCUAUCUAAACAUCCCCUCCCCUUCGUCAUCAGUUACACAACAAAACACAUGGCAUCCACUCGAACAUACUCUACAGGGUGCCUACCUCAACACAUGGUAAUGAAGAUGUGAACUAAUAUAAAUGGUAAUAAAAUAGUGUAAAUUUGGA